CCAGCCCGCCUCGCCAACCCCGCGGAAGAGCGGCGUGACUCACAGCGCUGCCACCAGCCCACGGUUUGCUGGAGGCAGGCGAAGGGUAUAAAGACUGCCCUGCGGGAGGGGACCCAACCCUGCCCUGCCUAGCCCGAGGCUCACAGACAUGGCCCCAGGCGCCGAGCAAGGACACCGGGCAGCAGGCUGGGGACUGCGUGGCGCCCUGGCAGCGGUGGCAUUGCUCUCUGUGCUCAAUGCGGCAGGAACGGUGUUCGCGCUGUGCCAGUGGCGCGGCCUGAGCGCUGCGCUGCGGAAGCUGGAGGCGCAGCGCGGCCAGGAGCAACGCGAGGACAGUGCCCUGCGUGCCUUCUUGGCGGAGUUGAGCCGCGCGCCGCGCCGUGCGCCAGCGCCACCCCCGGACCCCGCGAGCGCGGCGCGCAACAAGCGCAGCCAUCGUGGGGAGCCAGCACAGCACAUCCGCACAGAAAGCCAGGACAUGCUGAUGAUGAUGACUUACUCCAUGGUGCCGAUCCGAGUGAUGGUGGACCUGUGCAACAGCACCCAGGGCAUCUGCCUCACAGGUCCACCUGGCCCACCAGGACCUCCAGGAGUUGAUGGGUUACCAGGACACAAUGGAUCAGACGGACAGCCUGGUCUAGAGGGCCCAAAAGGCGAAAAAGGAGCAAAUGGAAAAAGAGGAAAAAUGGGGCUUCCUGGAGCCACAGGAAAUCCAGGGGAAAAGGGAGAAAAGGGAGACCCUGGCGAACUGGGCUCACCAGGAAAUGAGGGCCCACCAGGACAGAAGGGUGAAAAAGGAGACAAAGGAGAUGUGUCCAACGAUUUACUGCUGGCAGGUGCCAAAGGUGACCAAGGCCCACCUGGGCCCCCUGGACCCCCAGGCCCUCCAGGACCUCCUGGGCCUCCUGGAAGCAGAAGAUCCAAAGGCCUUCGGCAGCCAAACAUGUUCAAUGGCCAAUGUGCAGGUGAGACGUGUGCCAUACCAAACGAUGAUACCUUGGUGGGAAAAGCUGAUGAGAAAGUCAAUGAACACCAUUCCCCUCAAGCAGAUUCCAUGAUCACUGCCAUUGGAAACCCAACACAAAUAUUAAAGGUUACAGAGACAUUUGGGACUUGGAUAAGAGAGUCUGCUAAUAAGAGUGAUGACCGUAUCUGGGUGACUGAACAUUUUUCAGGCAUCAUGGUGAAGGAGUUCAAAGACUGGCCCUCCCUUCUGAACGGCAGUUACACCUUCAUCCACCUCCCGCACUACUUCCACGGUUGUGGGCAUGCUGUUUACAACAACUCUCUCUACUACCACAAAGGGGGCUCCAACACCAUAGUGAGAUUUGAAUUUGGCAAAGAAACAUCCCAAAUUCUGAAGCUCGAAAAUGCCUUGUAUUUUGAUCGGAAAUACCUUUUUGCAAAUUCCAAGACUUACUUCAACCUAGCUGUAGAUGAAAAGGGCCUCUGGAUCAUCUAUGCCUCAAGUGUGGAUGGCUCGAGCAUUGUUGUAGCACAGCUGGACGAGAGAACCUUCUCAGUGGUGCAGCACAUCAAUACCACGUACCCCAAGUCCAAGGCCGGUAAUGCCUUCAUAGCUCGGGGAAUCCUCUACGUCACAGAUACCAAAGAUACAAGGAUCACAUUCGCCUUCGAUUUGUUAGGAGAGAAACAGAUUAAUGCAAACUUUGAUUUGAGAACUUCCCAGUCUGUUCUUGCCAUGUUAUCAUACAACAUGAGAGAUCAGCACUUAUACUCCUGGGAAGAUGGCCAUUUAAUGCUUUAUCCUGUGCAUUUUUUGUCAGCUACAUUAAAACAGUGAUGAGCUGCCUUCCAUUCCCCUCCCCUCUCCUCCAUCCCCACCACCAGUACAUUUCAGGUGUUUUCUGGGGUCACUUUUAUCCAACAGAAAACUUUUCUAAAGACAAGUGAGGUAGCCAGGGUACUUAGAACAUAAUCUUAUAGCAUGAGUGUUUAUAGUCAGUGGGCACCUUUAAAAUCAGAUUGCUUAAUCAAAUAGCAACAGAUUGGAACUUAAAUGGUGAGUUCUCCAUAAACAACUCAUUUAGGCAAGUUAGCUCUCCUUCCUUGGGCCUUGGUCCCCUGUUAAUAAUAUAAACCAUCUGGUUAGGGUAAUUGGUAAGAUGUUCUCUAAUUGUAGGAAAUUUUGUGAUUCUUGGUUGUUAUUCUUCUCACAACUUUUACAAGUCUGGUUCUGUUUUCUGGUUUGUCAGCCAAAUGUGAGCAAAUUUACCUUUAAGUUGAUAGUCCCUAUUUCUUGUGCAGUGAAUUCCCCAGUACUGACUUAUAUUGGGCACCUUGGGAAAGUACAUUGACCCUUUAAGCCUUCUUAAUGCCAUGUUAUCCAUAAUUUAUUUAUUAGUUUUCUCUAAAUUUGCACCUGCUACCACAGAAUGGCCAUUGUCCUCAUCUCCAAGAUUAGCUAAAGCCAGGAACACUUGCAUGCUCAGGUUUCUAAAUGAAACAGAAUCAGGCCCGAUCAUGUUCCUGUCAACUUCUGAUCAUGUUGAUUUACUGCAGGGGACCAUAAACACUGAACCCUUGGGCACUCUGGUUGCUUACUCUAUAGCACUAAAACCUGAGUCAAUGGGCAUUAAUCUGGCCAGAACCAUAGGAAGCACUUUGCAGUUUCAAAAGAGAGGCACUAUUUGUGGUUAUUAUGUAGAACCAGGGUGGGUAAACUAUAACCCAAGGGCCAAAGCCAAUCUGUGGCCUGUUUUUGUAAAUAAAGUUUUAUUGGAACAUAGUCUCACUCAUUUGUUUACAGGCUAUGACUACUUUUGCUGGAUAACAGCAGAGUGGAGUAGCUGCUGCAGAGAAUGUAUGGCUCCAUAAAGCCUGAAACAUUACUAUCUGGCUUUUUGUAGAAAGGAUUUGCUGACCUUUGAUCUAGAAUACAAAGUCAGCCUGAUUUAUGCAAGGGCUUACUCACCAGGACCUGUUUUGUUUUGUUCCAACUAAGAACUGGCACUUGAUAUGGUUGGAGUCUCAGGUAGAGGGAAAGGCUGAGAACAGCAUCAAAUGAAGUGACUCCAGCAGUAAGUGAGCUGUUCUUUCCUAAACAAUUUAAAGGAUAUAUCUAGUCCCCAUGGGCAGGAGAGGAUCCAGUUUAAUUUGCUCCCAAAUUCACUUAAACAUGAAUGUUUUCUGCCAACUCAGUCUGAACAUCCUUCAGCCCCGUGCUGAGACACUGAGAAAAGAGGAAGCUGGACAGAUUACUAGAGAGAUCCUUGUUGUCAGGAAAGAGACAGAGGGAAACUCUUAGGUAGAUCAUCUGCCCCAGUUUGUGUGUCUUCUGAGACUUUUCUCUGGGCCCAAGUCUAUUCUCACUUAUUAUAGUCCAUGAUUUCUGGGUCCUGGUUUAUACCUUAUUAAUAGAAGGAUUUUUAAAUGUAAAAGAUGUGCAGAUUUAAAUAUCUAAGUCUCCCCACCCCCUCAAAAUGCCCAGGCAGCUGUUAGUGAUGUGUUUGUUGUGUUCUCAAGAUAAUGAGUCUUUGAAACUUCUCCCCCUACUUUUAAAUUAGAUAGUUGUAUCAUGUCACCAUAGCUUUGUAAAAAUACUCUUUUGGAAUUUAUGUUUUGUAGCAAAGUAAGGGUCUCAUGAUUGAUCAAUGUGUCUAAAAAUGCUUGUGUUCUUUUAAAUGUAAAUGUAUAUAUUGCUGUUUUCAAACAUGAAUAUAAUUUCAUAGUAUUAGUAGUCUUAGUUGAUAAUACAUGAAAUACUAAACCAAGAAUUUAAUUAUUGAAUUAGCAUAUCGCUUUUUGUUUUGGGGGGGAUUUUUGUUUUGUUUUGUUUUUGUUUUUGUUUUUGUUUUGUACUGGGGAUUGAACACAGGGGCUCUUAACCACUGUGCUACAUCCCCAGCCCCUUUUUUAUAUUUUACUUUGAGACAGGGUCUUGCUAAGUUACUAAGUUACUGACCAAGUUCCUGAGGCUCCCCUUGAACUUGUGAUCCUCCUGAGAUGCUGGGAUUACAGGUGCACACUACCAUGCCCGGCUACAUAUUUCUUUCAGAAAAAUGUUAUAGAAGCCCCAGUUUUGAUAUCUGAGCUAUCUCAGAGCUAUCUUGGCUCUUUUUUUUCUUUUCUUUUCUUUUUUUUUUUGAGGCAGAGCCUCACUAUAUUGCCCAAGUUGAUAUUGAACUUCUUGGCUCAACUGAUCGUCCUGCCACUGCCUUCCUAGUGGCUGAGACUAUAGGUGUGCACCACCAUGACUAGAUCUUUGGUUCUCUUAAUUGUGGGUAAAAAAUCAUAUGCUCAUAAUGAGAGAAGCUUAUAUUGGGACUUGUUUAUUUUUUUAUUUAUUUUGCUAGGUCAUAGUGAUAUAAGAACAACCAUAUUUAAGUGAUGUUUAAUAACAGGGUAAUUUUAUAAUCUGAUUGACUAUCUUUACAGAAUUAAAAUUAUUAAAUUUUCAAUUAUUCUUUCCUGGAAACAGUGCUUGAUUGGGGGGAAAAAGGGCUUUGGGCUUGUUGCUAAAAUAGAAUGCACAACCUAAUAUUUUUAAGUCAAGACACUGUUUUAAUAGUUUAUAUUCUCACUUAUAAUCAAAGUUGCUUUGAAGCACUUUCCAAGUAUCUGCACUUCUGAUGUCAAAAUCAAAACAGAUAAUUCUCUAAUUCUUCUCAAAUCUAAAGUAGAUAGCUUUCUACUGGAAGGUAAAUAAAACCAUCUCUUCCAACCUCAAAGUUAGGCCAGACCCUAUUUCAAAGUGUUUUCUUUCAACUGAUAAAGUGUUCUAUUGAAGUCAUGCAGGUGGCUCUGGUCUCAGUCUAUCGCUAAAGCACAGGUGUUGGGACAGAGAAAAGGUUCUGAGUUGAAAGUUUUAAAAUGAAGAGUUCCCAGUCAUUACCUUCAGUGUGUCAAGGUGAAAAGUCAAAUGAGGCUGGCUGUUCUUAAAGAGCCAGGUGUCAUUUUCCAGCCACACAGAGCACAAUUUAGCUGAGUAUCUAAUGUCAAACCAUCUGAAGAAGCGGGUGACAGGGCUUUCCAAGUUUCACCCAGCUGCUGUGACCUUGUAUAAUUUCCAAUCUGUAACUACAGAUUCUGAACAAAAAAUAAUAAUAAUGAAUUUUCGUUUGUCAUUUAUUCAACUUUCAUUUGUCAAAUAAAAAAUCAUUGCUGAGUACAA